GGAAACAGAUGAGAGGGGAGUGAAGCCACAUCGGACACAGAAGGACUUGCUGGACAGACCCUACAAUGCCAGCACCCUGGUCUCUCCAGUGGCACCUGCCAGUAUUAACAUGCAUAUUGAGCCUGUGCCAAGCACAAUAUGAGUAUCUGGGUUACCCAUAUGGUUACCCUGAGUCUGAGCAAGAUCACUACACCCCUCCGAAGAUUCCCACCGAUGUGCCCAGGAUCCAGUUACGCUUAGCUGGAGAGAAACGAAAGCACAAUGAGGGACGGGUCGAGGUUUUUUAUGAUGGGCAGUGGGGGACCGUUUGUGACGAUGACUUCAACCAUCAUGCCGCUCAGGUGGUGUGCAGAGAGCUUGGCUACACCAAAGCUAUCUCCUGGGCGCCUUCUGCCAAAUACGGAAAAGGAGAAGGCCGCAUCUGGUUCGAUAAUGUCCACUGCAAUGGUAAGGAGAGCACCCUAGCACAGUGCGAGUCUAAUGGCAUUGGUGUGUCUGACUGCAAACACUCAGAAGAUGUUGGAGUUGUCUGUAGUGACAAGAGGAUCCCAGGAUUCAGGUUCCUCAAUCCGGUCUCCAACAACUUAGACCAUUUGACCAUCCAGGUGGAGGACGUACGCAUCAAGCCGGUUCUGUCCUCCUAUAGAAAGCGAAUCCCUGUAACUGAGGGUUACGUGGAGGUCAAAGAUGGUGGCAAAUGGAAGCAGAUCUGCGAUAAGGAGUGGAGUCCCAUGAACAGCAGGGUGAUCUGUGGCAUGUUUGGCUUCCCAACUGAAAAGAAAUUCAACACGCGUGUCUACAGAAUGUUUGCACGAAGGAAGCCCCCCUCAUACUGGGAUUACUCCGUGAACUGCACAGGAAAUGAAGCCCACCUGUCGAGCUGUAACCUGGGACAUUCCCUGUUAGCUAACAACACGUGCAGUCAAGGCAUUCCGGUGGUGGUGAGCUGCGUACCAGGCCGAGCCUUCGCUCCAACCCCGUUAUCUGGCUACAGGAAAGCCUUCAGACAGGAGCAGCCAUUGGUACGUCUGAAAGGAGGUGCGGUGGUCGGUGAGGGUCGGGUGGAGGUGCUGAAAAAUGGCGAGUGGGGCACCAUUUGUGAUGAUCACUGGAACCUGGUGGCUGCCACUGUGGUGUGUCGAGAGCUCGGCUUCGGAACCGCCAAGGAAGCACUGUCUGGAGGCCAACUGGGUCAAGGAAUGGGCCCGGUCCACAUGAAUGAGGUACAAUGCACAGGGUUUGAGAAAUCUAUCACUGAGUGCGUCUUUAAUAUGGAUAAAGACUCGGCGGGCUGCAGCCAUGAGGAGGAUGCUGGAGUCCGCUGCAACAUUCCUGCGAUGGGCUUCCAGCAGCGUCUGCGUCUGAGCGGAGGCCGUAACCCGUUCGAAGGCCGCGUGGAGGUGCUGAUGGAGAGAAACGGCUCUCUGGUAUGGGGCACAGUGUGCGGAGAUGGCUGGGGCACCAUGGAGGCCAUGGUAACAUGCAGGCAACUGGGCCUCGGCUUUGCCAGCCAUGCCUUCCAGGAGACAUGGUACUGGCCCGGAGAGGUGAACGCAGACAGCAUAGUGAUGAGCGGCGUGCGCUGUGCCGGUACUGAGAUGUCUCUGUCUCACUGUCUGCAUCAUGGACAGCACAUUAACUGCCCCAGAGGAGGAGCGCGUUACGCUGCUGGGGUCUCCUGCUCCGAGACUGCACCGGACCUUGUGCUGAAUCCACAAGUGGUGGAACAGACCACGUACAUUGAGGACCGGCCCAUGUUCAUGCUGCAGUGUGCGUAUGAGGAGAACUGCCUGGCCUCCACAUCUAGCUCGACUCCGGCCAACUUAUACCGACGCCUACUGCGCUUCUCCUCCCAGAUCCACAACAACGGCCAGUCUGACUUCAAACCCAAAGCCAGUAGAGAUGCGUGGGUCUGGCACGAAUGUCACAGACAUUACCACAGCAUGGAGAUCUUCACUUACUAUGACCUGCUCAGCUUAAAUGGCUCAAAAGUAGCUGAAGGACACAAAGCCAGUUUCUGCCUGGAGGACUCGGAGUGCGAUGAAGGCAUUGAAAAGAAAUAUGAAUGUGCCAACUUUGGCGAGCAGGGCAUCACUGUGGGGUGCUGGGACACUUACCGACAUGACAUCGACUGCCAGUGGGUGGACAUCACCGAUGUCAAGCCUGGGGAUUAUAUGUUCCAGAUUGUCAUAAAUCCCAACUACGAGGUGGCCGAGUCUGAUUACACCAACAACAUUGUAAAAUGCAAGACUCGUUACGACGGCCACCGCAUAUGGAUGUACAACUGCCACAUAGGGGGGUCAAUAAGUGGGGAAACAGAGGAGCUGUUUCCUGGUCUUUUAAACAAUCAGGUGAUCCACAGGUAAAAGGAGGAAAGGUGUAAAUGGGACCAAGGAGACACUGAGAGCUCGGACCACUACGUUUCCUUACCUUGUGCUAAAUACAAGCACCAGAUCUUCGCCACUCUGUUGGGAUUAAACACCACCCCAACCCUAAAAAGAAAAAACACACUAUAUGAUACAAUACACUAAUUGCUAGGCAUGUAACGAUAACUAUGAAAUUAAUUUGAUAGUGUAUAGUCACUAUAUAUUCUCUCUCUCUCUCUCUCACAUAUAUAUUUAUAUAUAUAUAUAUAUAUAUAUAUAUAUAUAUAUAUAUAUAUAUAUAUAUAUAUAUAUAUAUAUAUAUAUAUAUAUAUGCCUAGGUGCAUUUAGGAAUUGACAAUCAGUUUGUCAAUCAUCCUUAAAUUAGGCCUUGACCACUGUUGGAAUGGAUUGUUUUCUCAAUAUCAUGAGAUUAUCAGUACAUGCCUAGGAAAGCAAAACCCCUCCACUACAAGCUCAGGACAAGUGGGUUAUCAUAGGCACAACACCAAUUUCAUAAUGAAUUUCAAGUUGUUGAGCUAAAACCAACCCAAACAUAGUGAAUUUGCCUGAUUCAGCUAUUUUUUUAAAUUAAUAUUCUGCACUUUUUUUUUUAAGGUUUAGUAGACUCAUGUGCAAACAUGAAAGAACUCCUGAAGAUUACAAAACGAGCCAGAUUUGGGAAUGUGGAAAUUGUAUUUGCAAUAAUUUUGCUGCCUUAAUAUUAUUUCAGUAUCGUUGAGUAUUUUAUGAUUUUAUGUCGUACAGUUCUGUUUGACAGUUAUCUGGAGACAUGAGAGUAGCAUUUGGUGCCACUGAUGACUAUGACAUUUCUUUUCCAGAGUGCUAAGAGCUUCUGCAGUACUAAGUAAGAAUUAUGGGAACUUGGGAAAUCUCAGGAGUUUUACUUAACAAUUACAAUUAUUAAUAUUAUUAAUGUGGAACAACCAAAUAAAUGCUUGAAUAAAGACACAAUCUUCAUAUUUAGUGUUUGUGCAUCUACUAAAUCGAAAAUGUAGGUAAGCAGCAGAUUAGUAACUUGACUGUUUUGCCAAACACCCCAUAAAAUACAGUAAAAGACCUGUUCCAUACUGAACCAAUACGGGAGAAUCAAUUGACUUGAAAUCUAUAGAUGAGAAGUAUUACAGGUUAGACUACUAUGACAGGGUAAUUUACACGAGAUUGAAGUGAACAGUCUGACGAUGAAAGAAAAACCCUCCUCUCCCUCAGCAUGUCUGUCAUGUUCACUGCCAAAACAGCAAACAGGCUACUAGCACUUCUAGGGUGGCAUCUAGCUAGCUGGGGGUGGCACUGAGCACGCAAAAGUAAAAUAAAAGUUGGUGACAUGGAUAAUAACAUUUGUACAAUCAGUUUUCUAUUGCUCAUUAGCACGUCCUGUUUUAAAUGUCACCGUGUAACAAGUAGCACUUAGGUUUGACCUACCUUGCUCUGUUGGUAGCUUACAGAACAUUACAGAUAACUUCAUAUCCAAUGUUUCAUGUCGCAAAACUUUUAUUUAUUUAUUUUAAAUAAAUGACCAAGUAAGCUAGCUGUUUAUAAAUUUAUUAGUUGAAUGCAAUGAUAUUUAAACCAUAGUUAGCUAAAAAAAAAAAAAAAAACAUUUCAAAUAUUUUAUGUGAAAGAAGGUAAGUAAAACUCCUUUGAGCCUGUUCAAUAAAAACAAUGGACACUUGUACAACCAUUUAAAAAAAAAAAAAAAAAAAAGGUUGAGGAUAGCAUGAUGCACAAGUCUUUUUCUUGAUUUACUUCUUGUUUGAUAAUGCUAAUUAAAAUGCCUUGAAAGUGUGAAUAAGAAACAUUUUUAUUUUUCAUUCCACUGAAGGUUUCAUGCUGGUUUUAGUUAAGGUUAUAGCAUUACAAUUUUACUCCACUCGUAGCUUCAGUUAGUAACUUAUUUUAAGUCAGGGAUUCGCUAACAAUUGUAUCUAGUUCAUUUAUUUUAUUUGGUGCAGAAUAAUUUUGUUAUAAUAUUUAGUUUUUUUUUUUUUGUUUGUUUGUUUUCUGAUGUAGUGGUGCUAUUAAAGUUCUACCUUCUGUUUUUAGAGGGGACAAUUUACACUAUGCUUACUUGAAUGGAGCUUUAAAAAGAAAAAAAAAAUCCCAUACUGUGCAUUUGUGAUGUUGUUUAGCAGUAAAUAAACGUAAGCAUCCAGGAAAA